AUGUCAGCUGCACCUUAUCCGCCAGGUCCGAGCAAUGUUAAGAUGGAGCGGAUCCCGGAACCGUUUGAUAUCAAGCAAGAGGAAUAUCGCCAGCAGGAACGAGAGAGCACCGUAGGGAACAACGUCACUGUCGGUCAGGCUGCAGCGACUGCCCCAGCUGCUCAGACGACGGCAGCUCAAAUCACUCAGAACUCCAUGGCGUCUAGCAGAUACGCCCAACCAGAGAUCCAGGCCGACCCGUCUCCAGCGGCAUUGAACCGUCUGGCAUCCAAGAGACUCCUCGAAGAUGAUUCUUUCUGUACAGGAUCACCAACAAACAAGCGCAUCAAAGCCGAGCCAUCCUCCUCAGUCUCCGGCACCGGCGUUCCUCGCAUCAAGUUGGAGCCCUCCAGCUCCCACACAGAAACCCCUCCCAUGCACCGCGCACCCGAGAACGACAUAAUCGAAAUCAUCAAGACAUGCACAAAAGUCAACCUCAGACCUUUCGAACUCGAGUACCUCAGCAAGAUCCAAACUAGAAUCGACUGGGUCUUCAACCAUGGCGCAAAGUCUUUCGACAUUCUUUCCGAGAUCAAGGCAAUGCCGAACAACCCACCUCAUUCCUACACGUUUAGUCUCAAGCCCGAACAGAACCGCCGCAUCGGCGAAUUGCAGAAGAGGAUGAAGGAUGCGCAGACGGGGUUUAAUGCUCAGGGUGUGAAAGCUAAUCCAACAUCGACUCCUAAGGGCAGGAAGAUCAAGAAUUGUCGGGCGAGGACUGUGAAGUCACCGUCGGUGUCUGCAGAGCAGGGAUUUAAGGUUGAGAAGCUUUUGGGCAUGCUGAUGCUGAAUGACGAGUCUGGAGCUGCUGUUGCUCAAGCGGCGUCCAACUUGCUUGCUAGUAGGGGGCUGAAGUUUACUUUGUGUGGGAAGGAGCUACGGUUGGUAGAAUCGUAG